AGCAGACGGCUGUAGAGUUUAGUAGUUCAUGUCAUGCGUUCGUACGGUAUUGUGUUGCGUUUUCUGUGUAUUGUGUAAGUGAUUUGAUGGUGGAGACAGGAAAUCACGGAAAGACAGAUACUGAGUGUGUGGCUUAGGAGGGCAAUCAUGGACUGCAAGGGAACUAGUUGGGUGAAAAAAGAGAAGAAUGAAAUAUAUGCUGAACCAGAAUCCUUGAUCACUACAAUUGAAAUGCACCUUACUGACUGGCACUGAGAAGGCCACUCUGAAAAGAAUGGGCCAUUUAUUCUUUGGAAGUGUCAUACACUUAAAAUAUGUGAUAAUUUUUGUAAUAUAUCUAAAAUUGUCUUCUUAAAAGAACUCCUGGCAGAUGUUUUAAAUGGAUGAGCAAGUGAACCAACAGUUUCUUGAAGAUCCGCUGAAGAUUGUAACACCUAGUCUUCAUAUAAAGCAAGACCUAGAACUGAAACAGGAGGAUGGCAUUGAACAUGAUUGUCUUGAAGAUAACUUGGGAAUCUCUCAUCCAAAUGAUUUUAUCAAGGAGGAUCCUGAACUAAAUUUGGAGGUGGCAGCCUCAAUAAGAAAUGCAUCUGAUAGUUUAAGGUUCAUUGAAAGUGCUGGUGACAGCUGUGACAUUUCAUAUCAAGAAGCAUUACAUCAAGGAGCAGUCAAUGACAAGCUGGAGAUAUAUGCAGAGAAGUCAACAGAUUUCAGUGUGUCUCACAACUAUACCAAAAUACAGACUUCACAAGAAGACAGCUUAUGUGGCACAAGAUUAAGUUGUAGCAUCAGGGGAAAGGAAUUCCAUAAGUUUAACUGUAGUUUCUGCCUACAGAGCUUCCCUUCAAAAUACAGACUCAUAAUGCAUAUCUUCAUCCACAUUGAUGGUGUGCAGGCACCUGCAUUUGUGUGUAAGUCAUGUGGUGAGGUAUUGCCCUCUGAUGACUGCUUGAAAGAACAUUUGAGAAUGAUGGAGGGUGACCAAGCAUUAUCUGCUACCAACAGUGAGAAACUUGAAUGCAGUGAUGAUCAUGAAAACAAUAUCUCCUUCGAGUGUGUACAAAAAGGAAUUGUGGAACAGACUGCAGAGCUCCCUUCAUACGAGGUACCCAGGAAAACCUUCAAAAAAUCCUUUAAUGACAUAUGUAACACACAUACUGUGAAACAAGCUGAAGAGAAACUCGAAAGAUGUAAUGACUGUGGAAUUUCAUGUACAAGCGACCACACUCAUGUCCACACUGUGCUAAGUGCAAAGGGACAUCACAAAUGUGAUGUUUGUGGUAAAAUGUUUACUCAGUUCUGCAAUCUUAAGAAACACAAUGUACUACACACUGGAGAGAGACCCCACGAAUGCGAUGUUUGUGGAAAAGCAUUUACUGAAAAGUGCAAUCUGAAGCAACAUGAAUUAAUACACACUGGACAGAGACCACACAAUUGCAAUGUCUGUGGAAAAUCAUUUACUCAGUCGGGCAGUCUCAAGAACCAUAUUUUAAAACACACAGGAAAGAGACCACACAAAUGCGAUGUGUGUGCAAAAUCGUUUACUCACAGGGGCAGUCUCAAGAGACAUGAAUUAAUACACACUGGACAGAGACCACACAAAUGUGAUUUCUGUGGAAAAUCAUUUACUCAGUCGUGCCAUCUCAAGAACCAUAAUGUAAUACACACAGGAAAGAGACCACACAAAUGCGAUGUGUGUGCAAAAUCGUUUACUGACAGGGGCAGUCUCAAGAAACAUGAAUUAAUACACACCGGACAGACACCACACAAAUGCGAUGUCUGUGGAAAAUCAUUUACUCAGUCGGGAAAUCUCAAGACCCAUGUAUUAAUUCACACUGGACGGAGACCACACAGUCCAAUGUCUGUGGGAAAUCAUUUACUCAGUCGAGCAGUCUCAUGAAACAUGAAUUAAUACACACUGGACAGAGACCCCACAAAUGUGAUUCUUGUGGUAAAUUAUUUAAUGCAUUGAGUAAUCGCAAGGCCCACAAGUUAAUACACAGUGGAAAGAGACCCUACAAAUGUAGUAUUUGUGGAAAAUCUUUUACUCAUUGGGGCAGUCACAGGAAACACAAAUUAAUACACACUACAUAGAGACCACUCAAAGUAUUGUUGAGGUCUGUAGACCUACACAUGUUGAUAGAAGACCACACGUGUUUUAUGAAAAUUGAUCGCAUGUGCUACAGAGAGGUCACAAAAAAUAUGACAAAUCCAUUUCCGCAGCUUCACAUUCGAAGUUACAUACAAAAUACAACGUAUGGAGCACACAAUUGAUUUUUUGUUGUAAAUGCUCCAUGCUUUAAUUGUUCAGGCUACCCAAAAUUUGUGCAUUGGGAGGUAUCUUUUACUCGAUUGAGAAGUAGUUUUGUGCAGUUAUCAGGACGCUAUAUUCUUCAAGAGAAUGUACCAGUAUGCUGCUAAUUAUUUGAAAGAAACUGCCGUUUCAAUCUUCAUGAAGCUGUAUCCACUACACAGGCGACAGCAGAAAUGUGUUUAUUACUCAUUCAUAAUGUAGGAUAUUUAUCUCAAGAAUGGAGAAAGAUACAAAAAUCUCUUGAUUAUGUGAACAUAUUAUUGAGGUAUGCCUCCUUAAUAGUAUUGCUAUUUGUGUGAUCAAUAAUCUGCACACAUGUGAACUGUCUGUGGUAGUUCUCCAUUAGGAAAUAACUGAUGGUGGCAUGUAUGCAGAGAUAAGGGAAAAAUUAUAAUCAUCUGCCUAGUAGCGUUUUGCUUCACCUACAGACUGCAAUACAACAGUGCAUCUCUAUGGUAUGGACUCAUUAGUUCUUCGUUAGUUUUUCAGUUGUAAAUUGGACUAUAAGUCUACACACAUCUCACACCUUUCCCGUUAACUGUAGGCUAUCGGUUUGUUGCUGUCUAGUUGGUAUGCAAUAGCAUCCCAGAUUCAUUUCAUCAUGAUCUAAUGAGGUGAGCUGGAUGGGAAAGACAACAGUGUGAACCAUCAUGUUGCUAGAACCAUUGCAGUGUGAUUCUUACCUUGUAAUUUGGUCAGUUAUCCUGCUGUAAGAUGUUGUCACUCUCUGUAAAUACAUCAAGCAUUAAGUGAUAAGUUUGCAGUAAUGUUCAUGUUCUCCACAUCUGUCAUGGUGCUUUCAGUUAUGACCAGCUGUUUUCUUGCCAUCUCAUAUGAAUAUCCCCCAUAGCAUGACACUGCCUCCAUCUUCCUGCACCAGUUGUGUGGUGCAUGUAUGAAACAACUAUUCAUCUGGAUAAUGACAUAUCUGAGCUCAACCAUUCACCUGGUCUGAAAGAAAUGUCAUUUAUCCCAACAUGUGACACUUCCUUAUAGGUAUGCAGUCCAGUCUCGAUUAUCCUAUUGGUAUUGCUAUUGUAACUGACAACAUCGUUAGAUCAACAUGGGAAUACAAAGCUGUUAUAUAACUUGGGGCCUCAUGUUCAACAGUCUCUGCUUAAUAGCUUGAAACUCUCGAGCCUGCUCAAGCAUUUUCUUCUGUCUCUACAGAUAGCCAUCUAUCCGAUUUUACAGAGCAGCUAGGUUCUGAUUUGCUUGUUCUAGAUAAUGGAUGGGCAUCCUACAACCUUUGUCAACUUGUGGUUUCACCAUCUUUCAACAAUGUUCCAUAGAGGCUGAUGGUAGAAGCAUCUGCACAGCCAACCACAUUCGCUGCUUCUGAGAUGCACUUACCCAGGCACCAGGCAAAACCAUCUGCGCUUUGGCAAAGUUAUUUAUGCCAUUUUUUAACAAACUGUCACUAGAAUGAUAACCACUCAUUUCUGGUUGUAUAGUUUCAUUACUAAGUGACAUAGCCACAAUGAUGCUGGGUAGCAAACACUCCUCCUACGGAAGUGGAUUUAGUGAUUUGGAUUAACAGUGUAUCUUCACAAAAAAGGCCUUUUGGUAAAUUGUGUAGUAAUUCAAUUUUUCUGCUUUGUUAAAUUUUAUGUCAAUACACUAUUGUCAGUUCAAGUGCCGUAUUUAUUGUGAAAAAUUUUUGUAUUACAAAGCUCUGUACAUUAAUUUUAUGCAUCAAAUCUUUUAAUUAUUUGUCUGUUUUUAAAUACCAUGUAACUACUGUACAAAUGACAAAACUGUCAUCAUGUAGUGUCAGAUUAUAAUUCCGAUUGUUUGUAGAAACAAAAGCACAGUUGAGAGCUCAGUGUGAUUUCUAGGUUAUGAAUUUAAUCCAA